AUGCGUCGUGAGGCCGAGGCCAAAUCUUCAAAAAGAGCUCCGGGCAGACGUCCAUCUUUGCGUUCCCACCCCGCCGCAUUUAUUCCCAUUGCGCCGCGUCCGGCCCCCUCGACCGCCGCCGGCCCUACUACGACGGGUCUGCGUCUUGAGGACCUGUCGUAUCAUCGGCCCGAGGGGACGGAUGCCGAUUUUCGCGCCGAUCACUACAUGGCCCUGAGUAUGUCAAUGUCGAUGUCGAUGGCGAUGUCGGAGGCCGGUCCGACGGCAACCACGCUGUCGGGAUUGUCGCAUCCCUCGUCGAAUCCUCCGCUGGAUCCCAGCGUUACGUUCGCAUCGCCGCUGGCAUCCCUGGCAGAAGUGGCGCCCAUGUCUCUGUCGCUGGUCACUGGACCGCUGUCAGCGGAAGAUCAUGCGCAUACGCAUGCGAUUGACCCGGCGUUGGAGGACGCCGGCACCUUCUCUCUUAAUGACCUUGAUGUCGACAUGUUGGGGGAUUGGACAUGGUUGUCGCAGGCGGUUUGA